AUGAAGCCGGUUGGAAAAGUGCUUUGUGCUACAGGGAUCAUAGCUGGACUCCUAGCUUUCUUCUGGAAAGACCCUUUUGACCCAGAGAGCUUGUCUUGUGCCCGCGUUCUCCUGACCGGAGCCAGUGCUGGGAUUGGAGAGCAGAUGGCAUAUCAUUAUGCCAGAUUUGGUGCUGAAAUUGUUUUGACUGCUAGGAGGGAAGCUGUGCUGCAGAAGGUGGUGGAGAAAUGCCUGACACUUGGAGCAAAGAAAAUAUUUUAUAUCCCUGCAGAUAUGUCUUCCCCUUCAGAGCCUGAAAAGGUGGUUCAGUUUGCUGUUCAAAAGCUGGGGGGACUGGAUUACCUGGUGUUGAACCACAUUGGCGUGACCCGUUUCCAGAUGUGGGCUGGAGAUGUGGAAUACACCCGCUGGCUCAUGCAGGUGAAUUUCUUCAGUUAUGUGGCACUUGCAACAGCAGCUUUUCCCACCCUGGAGAAGAAUAAAGGCUCUCUGGUGGUUGUUUCUUCCCUCACAGGGAAAAUACCCACUCCCUUCACCACUUCUUACUCUGCCACCAAGUUUGCACUAGAUGGAUUCUUCAGCUCGCUGCGCCAUGAACUCAUCAUGCAGAAGAGAAACGUCUCUAUCACGCUGUGCAUCCUGGGCCUGAUUGAUACUGAUACGGCAUUAGAGAAUACCAGGGGCAAAGUGCACCUCACUGCUUCUCCUGCUCCUGAAGCUGCACUCGCCAUCAUCCGGGGGGGUGCCACACGGGUGCAGGAGGUUUUCUACCCGUGGUGGGUGCAGCACAUGUGCUGCCUCUGGGUUUUGUUCCGCAAUGACCGGGACCAGGUUUUACAGAGUUACUAUAACUACAGCAGUCCUUAA